CAGCCCGGGAUUGGGCUUUGCACCCGGCGGCGGCUGAGAACCGUGGCGGCUGCGGAGCCGGCAGCGCAGGCGGGCGGAGCAGAGCUGCCCGGCCCGGUGGCUGGCGAUGCCCCCGUGAGCCUCUCUCGCCGCCCCUCCCCGCCCCGCGCCCCUGCCCCUCGGAGUACGCCGCGCGCCUGGGACCGGGCCGCGCCUACCGCCGGGUCCGCGGGGCGGGGUCCGGGGCAGCACCUGCCCCGCCUUGCGGAGCCGCCUUGGCCAGCGGAGACCCUUCCCUGUCUGGACCCCAGCCCCACCUCCGGACUCUUAUCACAUCACUUCCUCCUGGGAUCUACCCUGAUUGUCUUCACCUCCUUCCUUCUUGAAAACUGGUGUUUCAGCAGAAGUUAACAGAAGGCUUGUGUAAAUGCCCUAAGGGUGUGCUGUUGGGAGGGGUACAGCCCCCUGUGAUGGGAACACCACGCUCAGAUUCAUCAGUUUGGGUUGCCUGAAGCCCUGCCACCCUGUGGACCAUGUUUAACGGGGAGCCAGGUCCAGACUCGGCUGCGGCCUCCAGGAACGUGGUGCGGAGCUCCAGCAUCAGCGGCGAAAUCUGCGGAUCCCAGCAGGCUGGGGACGGGACCGGGACCACCACUGCCAAGAAGCGGCGCAGCAGCCUUGGGGCCAAGAUGGUGGCCAUCGUGGGCCUAACCCAGUGGAGCAAGAGCACACUUCAGCUCCCACAAGCUGAAGGGGCCACCAAGAAGCUGCGCAGCAACAUCCGGCGAAGCACAGAGACGGGUGUUGCCGUGGAGAUGCGGAGUCGGGUCCCUCGCCAGGGCAGCCGGGAGUCCACGGACGGGAGCACCAACAGCAAUAGCUCCGAUGGCACGUUCAUCUUCCCCACCACCCGGCUCGGGGCUGAAAGCCAGUUCAGCGAUUUCCUGGAUGGGCUGGGACCAGCCCAGAUUGUGGGGCGACAGACGCUGGCAACACCACCAAUGGGGGACGUGCACAUUGCCAUCAUGGACCGGAGCGGCCAGCUGGAGGUGGAAGUGAUUGAGGCUCGGGGCCUGACCCCCAAACCAGGCUCCAAAUCCCUCCCAGCCACCUAUAUCAAGGUUUACCUGCUCGAGAACGGGGCCUGCCUGGCCAAGAAGAAGACGAAGGUGACCAAGAAGACCUGUGACCCCCUGUACCAGCAGGCUCUGCUCUUUGACGAGGGGCCCCAGGGCAAGGUGUUGCAGGUGAUUGUUUGGGGAGACUACGGCCGCAUGGACCACAAGUGCUUCAUGGGCAUGGCCCAGAUCAUGCUGGACGAGCUGGACCUGAGUGCUGCAGUCACCGGCUGGUACAAACUCUUCCCCACAUCCUCAGUGGCAGACUCCACCCUUGGCUCCCUCACCAGGCGCCUGUCCCAGUCCUCCCUGGAGAGUGCCACCAGCCCCUCGUGCCCCUGAGGACCUCAGGAAGAGGCCAGGAUGCUGUGUGGGAAGGGGUGACCUCCUCCCAUGUACAUAGUCUUCACGUCUUUCUGGAUCCCUUGCCCUCCUGCAUGCCUGUUGGCUACUGGGCCUGUCCCAGCUGACAGUGGAGACUCUAGUGUGUGUGCCUGUGUGUUUGUGUGUGCAUUUGUGUCUGUAUGUGAUCAUGUUAGAUCUGUUCAUUUGUCUGGGUGGUCUUGGUGACUAUAUGGGCUGAAAUUCAUGUCUCUGUGUCUUGUUGAAACGAAACACAAAGGAGUGUUGCAUGGACACAACCCCCCCCCCCCGAGUCCAGGGGUGGAAGUGGGUGACGUGGUCCUUGGUCCAUGCCAUCUGGUCCUGGGUUCAGGGCAGAGCCCAUGUGCCCCCCGUCUGUGCCUGUUCUUGGUGGUCCUUGCUUAGUUUUCUGUCUUGUUCUUUGUUCCACCUCUCCGUCUCCCAGCACUGCUGCUGUUUUUUGAGGAAUGUAGCCUCCACUGCAGCUGGCCACAUGAGGCCCCCCAGGGAACCCAGACACCCCUCCUCUCCCCCCGGCACUCCAGGUGCUCUUCCCACCGAAGGCACCGGCAGCAUGUAGCAUCUCACAGAGAACCCUGGCCUGGGCUCCGGGGAGUAGAAGGUGCCGGGGAGCUGAGGGCUUGGAGAUUGCUUUUUCCCUCAUCACCUCCUUCCUGCAAGUCAGAUCUGAGGAGGUAUCAGUUCCUAGGGUUGCUGGCCAGGUUCCUUGGAGGGGAAGUUCUGGUGCCUCCCUUAGCAUUCACCUCCUGUCUCCCUCCAAGCCUCCUUGCCUCCAACAUGCCAAAGCAGCUCUCCCAGUGGACCUCAGGAGGUGCAGGCUGGAGGGUCUUGAUGUGAUGUGCGAGAGGUCGGCCUCAGAGGGGAUGUUACCUGCCAAAGCAGGCAGCCCCUGGAGGCACCUGUGUCCUCCCCAGGCCCUGAGGGUGGCCCUGUGCCCCUCUAGGCUCGUCCUGGGGUGGUGCCUGGCUUGUUGAGGUGCCCCUGAGGGCAGGGCUGCUGGCUGGAAUGAGGAGGACCGGGGCUGACUUGCUCUGAGCCCUGUUGAUCAUUCUGUCUGACCUUUGAGGACUAGCUGCAUGAAGUUGAUCACUGGGGCUCUAUUAUUUAGCUCAUUUCCAGACCAGGGUCCCUGUCUGGGAGCUCAGACUCACGCGGGCUCCAGCCUCCUGGCUCCAUGGACAGCCUGGCUCUGAAGUCAAGACCGCCACAGUCACCAGCUCUGUACAAGCAAUACUCCCCCCGCCUGCCUCCCGUGCUCCGCUGCUGCCCUGUGGAGAGGGCCCGGCCUGCUCUAGACACCGCACCCACCUCUGCUUUCUUUCCACCCUUGUCUGGUUGGAGCUGCCCAAAGCCACUCAAACCCUGCCUUGACUGGACAGCUGGGCCCUGUGGGUGGACACCAAGGCCUGGACUGGACCUUGUGAGAUGCCUGCUGAAAGACAGGUUGCCACCCAGGAGAUGAACACAGCAGCCCUCGGGUCCAUGUCUGGUGGGGAGGAAAGAGGUAACACAAGGAGUCAAGGUCUGGGGCAGGCUCCCCUCUACCUCUUCCCCAGACAUCAUCCCCGAGGGCUGCGUGUCUCUAAUCAUGUACGUGGGGGUUGAGGGGAGUGACCCAGGGGAGCAGUGGAGACAUGCUUGGACUCCAUUUGUAACCAGAGCCCAGUGGGCAUGGAGGUGGCUGCUCGGGGUGGGGGUGAAGGAAGAGGCUCUCUGGAGACAGCCAUCUCCACCAAUGGGUCGCCUUUCUGGCAGGAUCUACAUUAGGCUGAAGCCAGGGCCCGGCAACCUCCCUCCCAAGAAAACUAGGAGAAGCCAGGACCCCAUCGGUCCUGCCCACAGACAAAAAGUGGGUCAGGGCAGUAAGAACUAACAGAAUGAGCUCCUGGGCCCCUGACUCCUGCUGGAGCCUCCGUUCUUGGAUCGUCAGAGGCAGGAACAGUUGUGUGCGUGGAGUGGAGAGAGGAGGCAGCUGGGUUGAGUUUUCUCUUUCUACAGAAUUUCUCUCCUAGUGGCGGGACUGGCUAGUGCACACACUUUCCUCCUGUUUCUAAAAUGAGGCAAAGGGCUCUGUGCUUUGAGAUCCUAGGGUGGGGAGAGGGAGGAAACUCUCUUGCAAAAGAGUAUCCUUAUGUCCUGUCGGUGAUGUAGAGCAGUGGCCCUCAGAAGGGGGUGAAGAUGCCCGACACCUUCGGAGUGGGGGGAUUAUUAGUGACCCGUGGGGGUAGUGUAGACAUUUGCCGAUGUGAUGUGGCGUUGAGUUUAAUGAUACCCAGCCCAUGCAGUCACCCCGGGAAUCCGGGAUGUCAGUGAGGGCUGUCACUCUCAUGCAUCUAGGGGCCAGGAAGACAGAAGGCAGGGAGCAACCAGCAGAGGCUGCUGCUGGGGAGCUGAAGGCCGCUGGCCUCUUGUGUCCAGGGGAAGGUUGGUAGCACAGGGGAUGUUCUAGCCAGAGGUAGGGCCCGAGAUGUUGGUACCUCUGCUGACCUGCUUACAAUCCCCAGCUGCCGAAACAGCCCAAGGGUUGGGCUACUCGGCUGUCCCACCUCACUGAUGAGAAGUAAUUUCCCCCACAUGUUGACCUUGGGGAAUUAUUCUUUUUAACCCUUUGUACCGAAUGGGUUCCUAAUCCCCACCUGGAUUCCCCCCAUGAGGGUAGAGUCAUGUAGGCUAUGCACAUAUGUGAUGGUGAGUGGCUGGACUUAAGGGUCUGGCUCUCUGCAGCCUGGAUGCAGGGGCUCGUCUGAGAAGCUGCUCUGGAUCCAGCCUGUCCAGGAGAGAAGGGAGCACAGGCGUGACUCCUGGCCUUCCCUGGAUGGGGAGCAUCUGUCCUUUGAAGAGGGCAUGGCAGGGAGGGAAGAAACAUGAUCCGCUCAGAAUUCUCCCUAACCUGGGACCAACUCACUGUUAGAUGCAGUAUCCUGGCUCCACCUGCCCCCUUAGACCAGGGGAAGCCAGCGCUGAUGACAGCAGGAAGACUCUUUGUCAUCCUGUUCUCCUCGGCUCAGGCAGAAUUUGUGGGAAACGUGGCAGAGACAAGAGUGGCCCUGCAGUGAUGCUGGGCUGUUGGGCAGGAACCGUGAUGGAUGAUUCAGAGUCUCUGUCUUCACCUUUCUGCUCUGUUCAAUCUGUCCCACUUCCUUCCUUCCCUAAAGGGAAGUCUGUGAUGGGCCUUUGGUAUGAAUCAGGCUCCAGCAAAUGGGGCCAAGUCUUGGUGUGACAGAGGGGGUGUGACCCUUCAGGGAAGAAACAUCUCCCAAACUACUCCCCAUCCAGUCUCUCCCAUCACGCCGCACUCCUAGGAAAGGAGCUCUCAGGAGGCUGUCAGUAAUGCCGCAAGCCCCAGGCACUGCCAGCAUUUCAGGGGCCGACAGAGGGGGCAUCCCCACAGCUCAUCACUCGUGGGAUCAUUGGGCUCCCAGGGGCGUGACCCCCACCAGGGCAAGCAUGCCUGAGCUCUUCUUUCACUGCCAGCCUUGAGGAGUGCAGAAGCCCCCCACCCCUUUUAAAGACAACAGAGCCCUCCAAGGGUACUUCUUUGGAAAUGAAAUGUAGCACAAUCUUAGACUGAGUUACCAGGAGCCCUGACCUGUAACCAGGGCUCUUGCUCCGCGCCCUGCUGCCCAGGAGCUGCCGUGCCCCUCCCCCCACCUCCCCGGGGCUCCAGUGCUCCGGAUACCUCCAAUUCCCCAUCUUCCUCGGCCCAGAAAGCAGCAGGGCUUCAGGAAGGCUGCUCUUCUGCUUCUCUGAUUGAUUCCUGCACUGUGCAAACCCCAUGCAAGAAAUUGCUGCCUUUGCGUGACGGUGGAGAGUGGUGGUGCAUCCUUCGCAGCCAGGAGGUGUGGUCCAGCGGGAUUUCUGCUGUGGCUGCAAGAAGAGGGUAAAGAGGCCUGCUGCCCUGCCAACUCCUCCCCUUCUCUUCCUCUCCCCGGUGUUUUCUUCUCCAAUAUCCUGACACGGAAAGAGGUUCUUGAAAAUGCUGCUUCCUGUCCUGGAUUACCGUUCACUGAAUGAUCAGGGAGGAGACAGGAAUGUAGACUCCUCACCCGCCUUCUCCCUCAAGUCUGCUUUUCACUCAGGUCAGAAGAGAUGGGGAAAAACAAAACAAAGCAAUCAUGACUGAAGGGCAGGGGAGCCUUGCCUGAUCCGGUGAGGCCUGAUGGGGGCUGGUUCAGCCUGGUCUGGCUGGGAAAGGGUUAUUUUGAAAGAGUGCCUGAGCAUCUCAGAGCAAUGUCACUGAUGCCAAAGAGAGGAACUUGGCCUCCUUGGGCACCAGCUCUGCCGGCUGAGCUGCACACGUGCGGCUCAGGCAUCGGCCUGCCUGAUGGUGGGACCUUGUUCUCUGACAAAGGGCUUAAUCUUUCCAUGUAGCAAAGCAACUCCCCCGUCCCCUCGACCCUGAACUUGGGCUGUUGUGGGCACAGCAAGGCUGUGCCUGUGAGGGAAACUUGCAUUCUCACAGACUGGCUUGGGGCGGAUGCUCAUCAAAAAGCAUGAGUGUUACUGCUUGGGGAAAACCUUCCUGGGCUCUGGUUGGAAACUUGGCCAGUAAGGCCAGGAGCCUUGAGCCUCCCAAGGAGUUCACACUGAUGCCAGAAGGGUCCUUGGGACUAGGUUCCAGAGAGCUUGGCAAACAGAAAUGGGCCCUGGGAAUUCCAGGGGCAGCAGAGCAUCUGUCCCAAUGGUCAAUGCCCUGGACAGCUGGCUGCAGAGAAUCGAAGGCUCUAACAUACAGUUUUGCCAGAAACUGUGACCUUGUGCAAGGCUCCUCCCUUUUCUGGGCCUCAGCUUCCUCAUCUGCAAAACCAGAGCAUUUGCUAGUUACUCCAGGGUUCCCCUCUAGGUUUCAAAAGUCUGAUCUGGAGCUGAUGAGGGUUGUGAGCCUGGUGCACCCGGCACCUGGUUCCACGGGCUGGUUCCCUCCAGCCCUGGGUGCCCUCAGCUGGGUGCAGGUCCCCAACUGUCCAUGCCCAGAUGCUGCUUCCGACAAGAACUCUGGGAAUCCUACCAGACUGUGCUUCCACACCUUCGUGGUUCGUUGCUCCUCUCUUCCUGUGUAAUGAUGAGACAUAAUUAAGGGUUGUCUACAAUGGACAAUUUCCAAGGUGCUGAUGUGACGUCGCAGCCUCAGCUGCACCUGUGUAGGUCAGUAUCCCCACCAGCAGACGAGGCUGGGUUGGUCCUCAUUUCUGCUUCUAGAAUGACAUCAGUGGGAGAAUCUUAAAGGAAAUGCUCUCUGAUGGGAGGAGAGAGGGAACCUAUUUCCCUUCAAAGUAUUUUGCUUCUUAAACAUCACUCUUCUCUCCAGCAUGUCUUUUACCAGAUACCAUCUCAGCAGGCAGAGUGGCUGCUUCCUUAGGAAAAGUUGGCCUGAUUGUUCUAUCUACUCCUUUAGAAUGUAAAUUAACAAGCAGCAGGAACCCCUUUUUUAGAAUUUCCAAAUGCAUCCUGCAAAGAGAGAGCGAGCUGAUAGGGACUGACAAGCACACUGUUUAGAUAAGCAGUUAGCCUUUUAUAUCUGCGCUCUAUACAUUUUCUAUGUGCAGCUUCUUUCCAAACUCGCUGUGGCUCCCAGGUGGCAGGUGGAUGGCUGGGCAGGACGGCCAGCUGUCUCUUAACAACAUUCUUGCCAAUUCCCUUGAGGAGAAAAUUCUUCACAUGGCUUCUGCAUGUACAGUAUUUGGGCAGCAAAAAAUGAUUAAAGUCAGUUUGAAAAUGG